AUGCCCGACGAACCCGUUUCUGCCUACAAGUGGAAGGUCGAGCAACCUCAAGAUCAGAGUGGAGGUCCAGGUCUCGAUGCGAAGCUGGACCCAAUCGCCAACUGGACACAGCUUGAGUUCUGGGAGGAUGGCAAGCCUUUCCUCAAGGAGUACGAAGGUCGCGGCUUAUUGAAGGACAAGAAAGUGCUCAUCACGGGCGGCGACUCUGGUAUCGGCCGUGCCGUAGGUGUUCUUAUGGCGCGGGAGGGUGCAGACAUCGGCUUCACAUAUCUACCUGAAGAAGAGGAGGAUGCCAAGAAGACCGUGAAGAUGAUCGAGGAUGCUGGCCGGGAAGCCCACGCCAUGACAUGCAAUCUUCUCGAGGCCAACGCCGCCAAGUCUGCUGUCGACGAGUUUGUAAAGGAGUUUGGGCAGAUCAAUGUGCUGGUUAACAACGCUGCAAGACAAGAGUCUUGCGAGGAUAUUGCAGAUUCGGACCUUGAGGUCACGCAGAAGACCUUCCAGCUCAACAUCAUCUCCAUGUUCGCAGUGACGAAGUACGCAAUCAAGCACAUGAAGCGCGGUGACUGCAUCGUCAACUCUGCUUCCGUAGCGGGAUACAUGGGCAACCCAAUCCUACUGGAUUACAGCUCGACAAAAGGCGCCAUCGUGACGUUCACCCGUGCUCUAGCUCAGCAGCAAGGACCGAAAGGCAUCCGUGUCAACGCCGUCGCUCCUGGUAUCAUCUGGACGCCGCUUCAGCCAGCUACGAAAGGCAAUCCUCCGGAAGCCAUGAAGGGCUUAGGGGUCAAUAUGCAGCCUCUUCCUCGACCUGGCCAACCUGUGGAGGUUGCCACAGCAUACGUGUACCUCGCAUCCCCGCUGGCUUCCUUCGCCACAGGCGAGUGCAUUCACAUCAAUGGCGGUAUCGAAACGCAAGGUUGA